CAGGAACCCAAGGUUUGACUCAACUCUAGCAGGGAUAUGCUCGGAGAAACCUUCUCAUACAGCUCAAGCUCCUCAACAUCAUCUUCAUCUCAGACGGGUGCUGAUGGAUGCUACUACACUGAACAGAUUGAAAGAAGCUGCCGCACCGGAAGCGACGGAAGCAGGAUUUGUGAGAACUUGAAGAGAUUUUUUAGGCAGUGCCCGGGGAGACCUCUAGAGGAGCGGAGGGGUGAAGGAUCAGAUUCUACUUGGGCGCCUUUGAGCGACUCCGACCAUUCUUCUUCGCUAUCAGACUGGCCAGCCUCUCCCCUUGGGAUCUUCUCCAGAUUCUCUCCGUUCGGCGGCACAAGCAGAUUCGAUGGGCUGACGGAGCGUGCACCGUAUACAGAGAGUGAAGAAACCCUCCCGUCUGACAGCUCCAACUUUGAAAACAGAUACUACAGGAGAUACUUCGACCCUUCAACCUCAGCAGACUCACAUGAAAGCAGUUCAGUGCAAACGGAUGCCCAAGACGUAUUGAGACAAUUUCAAGACAUGGAAAGAUCAAUUAUGAGGGACUUUGCUAGUUCGUUUGGUUUUGGAUUGUUUUCUCCGUUUGGUAGACCAAUAAAUCGUCCGAGGUAUCAAACUCCAAACGAUUUCCGUCAUUUUGGUGGCGAGGAUGUCUAAUCUUGCUAGCGGCGGACUAUGGCCGCUGCCGCGCGAGUGCUCCGAAGUUACAGGACGGUCGACUGCCACACUGAGUGCCGGGGUCUGCGACUCAUGACUCUGAGUAGAAAGCUUGAAGUUUAACCUCCCGGGAGUCCGCCAAACCGUUGCCGUCACAUGACAGGCGGUCAUGCUUCAGUGUUACUUACUGUUAAGGUGCACUGUGACAGCGACAGCGGCAUUACGUUAGCUUGUUGGUUUUGGGGGUCCCAUUUCCUGUGGGGCUCUGAUCAUGACUCAGCAACUGCGCAUUGUGAAACGAAGUAAACUCAGUAUGAUGAUGUG